GUCAUCGUUACCGAGUAUUUUGUCCGCCUGGCGCCGCCGUCCCAGAUAUUACUCACCGAGUUCUAGGACUGGGGAACUUGUGUUUUGGGGGAGACUGCUGGUUUUACUGGCACCAUGGAGUCGCCUUUUAGCCCGGGACUCUCUCACAGACCAGAUGAGGAGUGGGAUUCUACCCUGUUUGCUGAACUUGGUUAUUUCACAGACACUGAUGAUCUACAGUUGGAUGCAGCAAAUGAGACUUAUGAAAAUAAUUUUGAUCAUCUUGAUUUUGACUUGGAUUUGAUGCCUUGGGAAUCAGACAUUUGGGGCAUCAACAAUCAAUUCUGUACAGUUAAAGAUAUUAAGACAGAACCUCAACCACUUUCUCCAGCUUCCUCAAGUUGUUCAAUCUCAUCUCCUCAGUCAGUGGACUCUUGUUCUUCAACUCAGCAUGUUCCUGAGGAGUUGGAUUUGUCUUCUAGUUCCCAGAUGUCUCCCCUUUCCUUAUAUGGUGAAAACUGUAAUAGUCCUUCCUCAGCAGAACCACUAAGAGAAGAUAAGCCCAUCAUUGGUCCUAGGAGCAAAACUGAAAAUGGACUAACUCCAAAGAAAAAAAUUCAGAUGAGUUCAAAACCUUCAAUUCAGCCCAAGCCUUUAUUACUCCCAGCAGCACCGAAGACUCAAACAAACUCCAGUGUUCCAGCAAAAACUAUCAUUAUUCAGACACUACCAACACUUAUGCCAUUGACAAAGCAGCAGUCAAUUAUCAGCAUACAGCCUGCACCCACUAAAGGUCAGACUGUUUUGCUCUCUCAGCCUACUGUGGUACAACUUCAGGCACCUGGAGUUCUGCCUUCUGCUCAGCUUGUCCUUGCUGUGACUGGGGGAGCCACACAGCUACCUAACCAUGUGGUGAAUGUAGUUCCGGCCCCUGUGGUGAACAGCUCAGUGAAUGGAAAACUUUCUGUAACUAAACCUGUGCUACAAAGUCCCAUGAAAAGUGUGGGUUCAGAUAUUGCUGUGCUAAGGAGGCAGCAACGGAUGAUAAAAAAUCGAGAGUCGGCUUGUCAGUCGCGCAAGAAAAAGAAAGAAUAUAUGCUAGGGUUAGAGGCUAGAUUAAAGGCUGCCCUUUCAGAGAAUGAGCAACUGAAGAAAGAGAAUGGGUCACUGAAACGACAGUUGGAUGAAGUUGUAUCAGAGAACCAGAGGCUUAAAGUCCCUAGUCCAAAGCGAAGAGCUAUCUGUGUCAUGAUAGUAUUGGCAUUUGUAAUACUGAACUAUGGACCCAUGAGCAUGCUGGAACAGGAUUCCAGAAGAAUGAACCCUAGUAUGAGCCCUGCAAAUCAAAGGAGGCACCUUUUAGAAUUUUCUGCUAAAGAAGUACAGGACACAUCAGAUGGUAUCAUCCAGAAAAACAGCUACAGAUAUGAUCAUUCUGUUUCAAAUGACAAGGCCCUAAUGGUGCUAAGUGAAGAACCACUACUUUAUAUUCCUCCUCCUCCUUGCCAACCCCUGAUUAACACAACAGAAUCUCUCAGGUUAAAUCAUGAACUUCGAGGUUGGGUUCAUAGACACGAAGUGGAAAGGACCAAGUCAAGAAGAAUGACAAAUAAUCAACAGAAAACCCGUGUUCUACAGGGUACUCUGGAACAGGGCUCAAAUUCUCAGUUGAUGGCUGUCCAAUACACAGAAACCACUAGUAUCAGUAGGAACUCAGGGAAUGAGCUGCAAGUGUAUUAUGCUUCACCCAGAAGUUAUCAAGACUUCUUUGAAGCCAUCCACAGAAGGGGAGACACAUUUUAUGUUGUGUCAUUUCGAAGGGAUCACCUACUGUUACCAGCUACCACCCAUAACAAGACCACCAGACCAAAAAUGUCAAUUGUAUUACCAGCAAUAAACAUAAAUGAAAACGUGAUCAAUGGUCAGGAUUAUGAAGUGAUGAUGCAAAUUGAUUGUCAGGUGAUGGACACCAGGAUCCUCCACAUCAAAAGCUCCUCCGUCCCUCCUUACCUCCGAGAUCAGCAGAGGAAUCAAACCAACACCUUCUUUGGUUCUCCUCCAGCAGCCACCAAGGCAACCCAUGUUGUCAGCACCAUCCCUGAAUCAUUACAGUAGUACACAGCAGCUACAUUGGAAUAUUAAGAAUGAGACCCUGCCAAACUGAAGAGUGGUGAGAGAAAUGGUACUCUCUGCCCCUGUGGUGGCAAGCAGACAACUGUCUCAUGCUGUGGCUCAAGGAUAGGCAGAGAGAGAAAAAGAAACUGCUGUUUUUCACCAUCCACCCAUCUAUUUGGAAAGCACUGGAAAUUAUAUGCAAGGGAACAUUUCUCUAGUGGCAAAUGUAGCCUGCAUCCUCCAGUGUUACCUGGUGUAGAUUUUUUUCCCAUACCUUUUUUAAAUGCUUUCCCUGAUGUAUUUGUUUUAUAUUUAGUCAUCUUCUUUCAAGUAAGAUCCAGUUCCCCUUUCUGCCAUUUCACUUAUUGAUACAGUAAAAUGAUUUUUCUUUAAAGCUGUGGCACACAGAUGUUCAGAUUGUUCCCACUUACUGAGUUUCUCAUUCCUUUAAUGCAAACCCAUUCUGGAUGCUGUGCAAAUUUCAAAACCAGAACAGCCAAAAAUACACCUCACAAAGACUCAAAAUAAUUUGAGCUUUGGGUAAAAAGGGGAUACCCCCAAUUAGUAAAGUUUAUUUUUACUUAGCAUUUGUGGUUUACACCUGAAUGGGUGACUGUGUUAGGGUUCAGAGGUGAACCACAUAUUUGAGAGAAUGGAAGGGAAGGGUCAGUGGUUUAAUUAAUACAUGUGUUAAAACAUUGAAAGUUUGAUGUGAUUGCAUUUUAAGAUGAAAGCUGUAGCUACUGUUUAUUUUCAGGACUCAAGGUCCCCAAGUGAUAGCAUACAGAUUUAAUUAACUGUGCAGAUCCUCAGGGACCACAGGGCAAUUCAAUCUUUUUUAUUGUGAAUCCCCACCCACUACACACAUACGCUUCUCUAUAUAUAAUACCAAACUUAGUUAAGGAACAUGGAGGUGACUUAAGCAAGGCAAGAGCUUUCUCUCUUGAGGAUUGACAAGUAUUACUUAAUACAAUGCAGACAGGCAAACUUGCAUUCCUCCUGGGUGCAUCCCAUAAUAUGGCAAUACUCUUCAGUUUCUCCAGUGAACAGUGAAGAAAUUAACUCCUUUGUUGUCCCAUGGCUUUAAAAAAAUGUGUUCUCACAUUAUACUGUACUUUACCUACUUUUAUUUCUUUUGGUGAAUUCCCAAAAAUGGAUCUCAGGUAGUGAUAUCCACUCUGAUAUUCUGCCUUCAGUUUCUGAAGGGAUUCUUUUCCCUCUCCUUCCUGAAACUUUUCAACUUCUUGAUAAAACUCAUUCUGCAAACACUGCUUCUCACCUCCAUGAAUUUGCCUUUGUGAGAUUCCUUCCUUUCCUUGCAUAUUGUAUCUCCCUGAGAGAGAAGAAAAAUUUUAUCAACCCCUCAAGGAUUACAUGUAGUCAGUUUGUUUUCUGCCUUCAAACCUAUUAGGCUUGCAGUAAUAAAUAAUUUUAAAGAAUCACCAGUACUUCUAACUCUCUAGACAGUGAUCUCUCAGGUUUGUUAGAUGCUUUCUAAGGAAAUCACUUUCAUUUUGGAGGGAUGGAGGCCUCUAUUGCUCUUUUACCUGGGAAUCUGGAGGUGGAGGAAGUAUUAGUUAGCUUUCUUCUUUUUCCACAAUUAAAACUACUUUAAGUUAAUGGAGCCCUCCUCUCUGAUUUGGCUUCUUGUGAUUUUCCAGACAAGAACCUUUUUCCCUGGAGAUGUUUCUUCUAAUGGGUACCAAGGAAUGUAAACUGAAUGUCUAGAUGACCUCUGGGUUACUAGCAAGUAAGCAAUGGUUGUCCUCCAGCCCUACUCCUUCGCAUUCCCCAACAAGGGGCUGUGACCAUGGCAAGUAGGCAUGGUCAUUCCCGAGCUGCUAAUCGGUUGGAACUGUCAUGUUUUAUUGUAGUAGAUACAAACACAGUGCACCUGAAAUGAUUAUAGAUGGAGUUUCUCUCCUCUUCCUGGCACCAAACCACACGAAACUAUCACAUGAUUUCUUAUGUUUAGCACUUCAUUUUUAUUUCAUCCAUUUCUUCCCAGCUUUUUUUGUGCUCAUUCUACCAACUCCUCAGACCAAAGACUUCAAUAUGUCAUGUACAUCAAGAUUAAUCCCUCUCUUCUGGGUGACAAUGUGAAUGAUGGUUAGGAGACAGUCACAGUUGAAGAGCAGACUGAUGUUAGGAGGGUCAGAAGCUUCAGUCACAGAGCUGGGCACUUGAGAAGUUAUUAAAAGCUGUCUGGGAGCCUUGCUUUCUCUUUUCACUCUCUGACCCUACAGCUUCUUAUCAUCAACUGUUCUUGAACUGAUCUUUUGAGAAUGAGGGAACAAGAUCCUCCUUGUGGUAGAGUUUCAGAAAACAAGUGAAAGGUGACUGACAAGCACAAAGAAAUAUUCUACUUUUUAAAGCUAUUAUUAAUCCUAGGUGCAGUAGCAAUUUUUACUUUUAAUGAUUGCAUGCUAGCACUAGACCCUUUUUAGGAAAUAGAAGGUUGCCAUGCCAAGUUAAUACUAUAAUAGAGCAGGUAUUUGGUUUAAGUAUAUUGGUGGGCUUGCCUAUUGGGUGCUGCAGCCAGGAAGUGUGAGAGAUAUAUGUAUAUAUAUGUUUUUUUUUCUUUUUUUAAUUUAUUAAGUUCUGAAGUAAGGCUUUGCAAACUUGCAAGAAAAUUAGACAAAUUCAUGGAGGAAGAAAGUCCACCCAUUAUUAGGUGAUUUUGUGCUCUUGGGCCAGUAAUACUACAGUAUUGGAAAGUGACAGUGGAGACUGACUGGGGCAGUCUUUCCAUCCGUGCCUAAAUUUUUAGGCUUAAUGGAAGUAAGUGGGUGUUACCUCAUGCUAACUACUGAGUCAGAUGUUAGGAGCUGCUUCCCUGUACACCAGUAGCACAGGAACAGCUUAACUAGAAUGUUAGGGUUAACUAACUCUCAAGUGGUAAGGUUGAAUGUGAAAGGAUCGUUCUCAAGGCAAAUCUCUCAUUUGCCAUGCUUGUGGUAUAGCAACUUUACAUCAGAUUAUUGGGUGGAAUUUAUGGUUUCAGAAAUAAAAAGUCUCCCAUGAUUAUAAAUGCUCAGAGCAUCUUCUGAUUUUUUUUUUAAUGACUUCAAGUUCUAGCACAAAGUUGGCACCUCUUUGCCUUUUCUUGUUAGCCAGAAGUAGAAGGUAUUUGAAAGCAACAAUAUUAUAUGAGUCAUUCGUAAGUGUUCCCAAUAAACAUUCCUUAGAAAGAGAGAAGGAACUUGGAAUUCAAACUGAUUUUUCUAUCAUGUUUAAAGAGACACUACCCUGAUGAAAUCUUGUUGACCUGAAUCUUCUUCCUGGGUAUAUACUCCCCCAUAGUCAUAGCAGUGGGUGCUAGUUAGACACCAUUGCUGUGACAUUUAGUGUUUAAAACUGGAUAACUCUCAAGCUCUCCCAGUGUUCAGACUAUUAUGUGAUUUUGCUAUUUAACUCAGCUCAGGUUGUGAAACUUGAUGGAAAUGUACCACAGGAAAAAACUUGUCAUUAUAUUCAACUAUCUAAUACAGUGAGAAGUUUCAAAGCAACUUCCACUUUCAAUAAUAUAUUAGAAGUAGCCAUUUUUACUUUCAUAACCUGAACAGCAGUCUGAUCUGAUAGCCCCUUUCAGUCUGACCUCCUGGAAAUUUUCCACCCAUGAAAACCUUCUUUCCACUGCAUACCAAUGGACUGACUCAGCUUCCCUCAACAAACCCAUAGGAGCUGAACUCCAAAUGAGCCAUUGUCAUGCUAUUGGUUGUGUCAUAGGAAUUAACCUCUCAAAUAAGAUUGUUUAUUGCCAGAAUUCAUAGAAGCUUAUCACCACCUACAGACUCCAUAUUCCUUACCAGAAUGAUAUUUUCAUCAGUCUUAAGCAUUUUAAUGUACAUAAUUUAGGAUCUUUGCUGCUAAUAUGAGUACCCAAUUAUAAGUUAUACCAUAAAAACAAGAAAGCCUAACAGGAAGAGAAUGAAAUACCUGAAUUCAUUCCUAUCCUAAUAACAUUUGGGAGGGGAAAUUCCUGUCUUCCCUAUCCCCACCCCACUGCAGGGAUUGUGGUUGAUUUUUAAGGAACAGAAUGUUGGACUACCCAGAAAAGAUGUUGCCAGAGUCCAAAAGGAACUAUGCCCAUAAAAGAAAUGCAAUUUUCUCCUGAGGGGGGGAAAAUCAGAGAGUAUUCUGUUAUGUUUUUAAUGACUAAGCUUAUAGUAGAGUUUAUUUUGGAUAAGACUAGAACUUGCAGCAGUUCUAAUAUCUGUGUUCUAGGUGCAAAAGAAUUUAUGAAAAAAGAAUGAUAAAAGUAUGUGAUUAGGAAGUUAAUUCUACAUAUGGAAUCAUGUCAUGGCUAGCCAGUGUUACAUAGUGAACACCAUUCUUGGCUAACUAACAUUAAGCACUAGGGAUUUAGCACCUUAAAAGACUUUUAAUUAUAUUAAGCUUGAGAACUAAAUAAAUAAAUCAUAGUUUAUCAUUUGUCAAGGUCAACAAACACCACACUGUUAUGCUGUUUGCCUUCAAUGAAGUUGGUCACCAUUAUUUAAAUAAAUCAGGAGGCUUAGCAUUAAUCCCUGUCUGGGAUUAGCAGGUUGACUUUCACAGCAAAUGUUUAUUGUUUGAACUGUUUUAGUUCAUAUUCAACCCUAAUUUCUGAUCCAGUCAUCAGGAUAGAGGAGAUGAUGGGAAAACCAUGCUUUAGAUGAAAACAACUAGCCUGAGAGAUACCAGUUUCUUUUCCUCAUCAUGUUGACAAGUAUGUUUGGCUAAGACCAGAAAUGCUACAUCCAUGGAUGCUUUAGAACCAGCUGAGGACUUUAGAAAUCCUAUUUCACAAGGGUUUUCUUCCCAACGCUGUAUCUGUGCUAAUUUAAGGGUGUGUUGAAAAUUAGGUAGAAAGAUAUGCCAGUAUCUCCCUUAAUAAUUAUGUUGUUUCACAAUACAUAAAGAAAUGACAGCAGACUAUUUCAUACUUUCAAGCAAGUCUUUAUAAUGUGAUACCUGUUCUUUCUCUAAAAUUCAAAUAAAGAAUUUUUAAACUCGC